AUGGGCAAGAACGAUUUCCUCACACCGAAAGCGAUCGCAAACCGAAUCAAAGCGAAAGGUCUUCAAAAACUUCGAUGGUACUGUCAAAUGUGUCAAAAACAAUGUCGAGACGAGAACGGAUUCAAGUGCCACUGUAUGAGCGAAAGCCACCAACGCCAAAUGGAAGUCUUCGGUCAAAACCCGAACAGAAUCAUCGAUGGCUACUCUGAAGAAUUCGAAAGCACUUUCCUUGAUAUGAUGAAACGGAGCCAUAGGUUUUCUCGUGUUGCGGCGACUGUGGUUUAUAAUGAGUAUAUUCACGAUAGGCAUCAUGUUCACAUGAAUUCGACGCAGUGGGCAACUUUAACGGAAUUUGUUAAGUAUUUGGGGAAAACUGGGAAGUGUAAAGUUGACGAGACGCCGAAAGGGUGGUUUAUUACUUAUAUUGAUAGGGAUUCGGAGACGAUUUUUAAGGAGAAUAUGAAGAAUAAGAGAGUUCGAGCGGAUUUAGCUGACGAGGAGAAGCAGGAGAGAGAAAUUAAGAAGCAGAUUGAGAAGGCCGAAGAGUUGUUGACUGUUAAAAGUGACGGUGUGGAGAGUGGUGAAGUGCCGCUAGCCAAGGAAUUGAAAUUGGACAGUGGUGUGAAGGUUGGAUUCGCGCUUGGUUCGAAGAGUAAUAAUGUUGGGAAAGAGAGAGGGGAGACUUCUAGUUCUAGAUUGGUUUUCGAGGAAGUUGAGGAUAAGGAGAGGAAGAUGGGAAAGAAUAAGGAAAGUGGUAAUGGAGGUAAAAAUGGGAAAUCAGCACUGGAGGAGCUUAUGAAAGAGGAAGAGAAGGCCAAGGAGAGGAGUAAUAGGAAGGAUUAUUGGUUGUUUGAAGGGAUUAUUGUUAAGGUUAUGAGUAAGGCGUUGGCAGAGAAAGGAUAUUAUAAGCAGAAAGGGGUAGUGAGGAAAGUGAUUGAUAAGUAUGUUGCCGAAAUUGAGAUGCUUGAGAGUAAGCAUAAGUUGAGGGUUGAUCAGGAAGAGCUCGAGACUGUGAUCCCGCAGAUUGGGGGAUUGGUGAAAAUAGUGAAUGGGGCUUAUAGAGGUUCCAAUGCCAGAUUGUUGGGAGUGGAUACAGAGAAGUUUUGUGCCAAGGUGCAGAUAGAGAAGGGAAUUUAUGAUGGGAGAGUGCUCAAGUCUGUUGAAUACGAGGAUAUUUGCAAAUUUGCCUAG